AUGCUUGCGGCCAACUACACGGCCGUCCUCAUGUCUGCAUCGGCGACGGCACGCAUGAUGUUCAAAUAUAAAUGCCGCGGGAGCAUCUGCCUAAUUGCUAGCAUGUCGGGCACUAUAGCCAACAGAGGCUUGAUUUCACCCGUCUAUAACUCCUCAAAGGCCGCUGCCAUCCAGCUAGCCAGAAACCUCGCGAUGGAGUGCAGCCCCGUUAAGGAGGACGGUACAGGUGGCAUUCGGGCCAACUCCCUUAGCCCCGGGCACAUCAUGACACCGAUGGUUUUUGAAAAUUUGAGCAAGUGCCCGGCUUCAAGGAGAAGUGGUGUAGGGAAAAUAUGA